UCUAGAUAAGACUAUUAUGUUUCUGUGAAUUAAUAUACAAUGUCUUGUAAUGAUAAUAACGCGACGUGUCGCAAAAGUUAAUGGUCUGGAUAUUGUUCAACAAACUUUCCGUGUGAAUAAUAAUUUCGUAACACAUUUUUUAUACAUGUAUCCCAAUUAGGAAUAUUUUAAGUUGUGCAAUAAAUUCUAACCAACAUAAAAGGACGUAAUGACCUAUUUAAUGUUUGAUUGGAUAAUCCAUUCCAGUGCCUUUUUUAAUGAUCUUUGUACCCUGACGAAAAGAUAGCGGUAAUGGUAUCAAAAAUCAUUUUGUUAAUAUUUUUUUGGAGUGAUAAGGAUCCGAAACUUUAGAAAAGUAAAAGUAUCCCCUGUGGUGACAGUCUGUGUCUGAUUUUCCAUGGAACCCCUAAUUUCUGUUCUGAAUAGUAAAAUUUCAUUGCCUUCAAAUUAUAAUCACAGCCUCACAAUUGGGACCAUUAACAAUUGUCGCGGAAUAAUUAAAAAUCAACCAGCCAUGCAGAGAUCUCUAAUGACGAUCCCAUCAUUGAACAGAAUACUGGGCAGUGGAACCAGAGUAAAGGUCUGUCCAGUAUCGAUGCAAGCUGUAAACAUCACAUCUAUAAAAUUGAACAAGGAAAUUCCUCCAAAGCAUCCUGUCCCGGAUUUAAAAAAAACUGUUGAAAGAUAUCUGAAGUCUCUGAAGCCGUUGUUAAGUACUAAAGAAUAUUCAGAGACUGAAAAAAAAGUACGAGCGUUUGAAUCGGGUGUGGGUCUUGAGCUGCAUCACAAGCUAUUAGAGCGUUACGAAUGUACAGAUAGCUGGAUGAACGAAUGGUUUCUAAAUGCAGCGUACCUAGGAUACAGAAUCCCAGUGAUUGUUCAUUCAAGUCCAGGAACUGUCGGCCCAUUGCAAAAGUUAUCAUGCCCCGAAGAUUUUUUCAAAUUUGGAGCAAAUCUUAUAGAAGCUGUAUGCGAAUAUGAUUCUAUGAUAAAAAGUGGAAAAAUAAAACAAGAAAUGGCUGGCAAAGAUGCACUGGACAUGCAGCCAUAUGCUAUGAUACUUGGUACUCAUAGACGUCCAAAUAUUCCAUUAGACUGCCUCUUGCACACCGAUCACUCAGACCAUAUAAUUGUCAUACACAAUAAUCAUUUUUUCAAAUUGAAUGUUUUUGAUGAUUCUUGUAAAGACCGAACCCCUUUAUCAUCCACUCAACUAGCAGCAGCUUUAAAGGAUAUUACUAGCCGUUCAGCAACUCCAGGAAUACCAAUUGGAAUUUUGACAGGAAAUCAUAGAGACGACUGGGCAAAAGAUUACAAAAAGUUAAAAGAUUGUGCUGACAAUGGUAAAAUAUUGGCAGAUAUUGAGAACGCGAUGUUUGUACUUUGCUUAGACAAAGCAAUACCAGAUAAUAUACAGGGUGAUAAAAAUUACGAGUCAAUUAGGGCUGUCCAGAGUAUGACAGGCGGCAGUUGCGACGCUAAUGCUGGAAAUAGAUGGCACGAUAAAGCAGUUCAAUACAUAGUAUCAUACGAUGGGUUCAUUGGCAUGACCUAUGAACACAGUCCAUGCGAAGGUGUUCCAAUUGCAGUUCUGCACGACCAUGUAUUAAAACAUAUAGCUAAUAAAAAUGACGAUAACUACGAUCUGAGUGCGACUACUCAGUUUCCAAAAGCAAAACAUCUCGAAUUUAAACUACCUAGUGGAAUAGAGGAUUCUAUUACCGCAGCAAAGCGUGUGGUGGAGGAACUUUCAAGAGACAUUGACAUGGAGUGUUUUACAUUCGAAAACUUUGGAACGGAUGAAAUAAAAAAAAAUAAAAUGAGCCCUGACAGUUUUAUACAAAUGGCUAUGCAAUUGGCAUAUUACAAACUUCAUGGAAAACCUCCCGCCCACUACGAGUCAGCAGGUCUCCGCAGGUUUCGUAACACUAGAACUGAAUGUAUAAGAUCUACCUCUAUUGAAUCGGUAGAAUUUGCUCAAACUAUGCUCUCGGAUGAUUCAAAAGAGAAGAAAAAGGAAGCUAUGUUGAAAGCUAUCAAUGCCCACAAAAAAUUAGCUGGAGAGGCUGCCACUGGUCAAGGUAUAGACCGCCAUUUAUUCGGAUUAAAGACCAUAGCUGCCAAGAAAGGUUCGAGCAUCCCAGAUAUUUUUACUGAUGUUGGAUACACGAGAAGUACGCAUUUUAAUUUGACGUCUAGUCAGGUCCCAUACAAAACCGCUUCGUUCAUGUGUUACGGUCCAGUAACACCAGACGGAUAUGGUUGCUGCUACAAUCCACGGCCGAAAGACAUUAGAGUAGCUUGUUCUUCUUUCAAUGCAUGUAAAGAAACCCGUACAAAGGAAUUCGCGGAAGCGCUAAAAGAAUCCUUUUGCGUAAUGAACGACCUCGCAUCCGGGUGUUAAUGUUCGAACCUAUUUGAAAUAACGAAUUUUAUGUAACUGUUAUGUGAUAUGAAACAUACUUCCACAUAUUUCACAAAUUUUGUACAUAUUGUUGAACUUUUAAUAAAUAAAAUCUUACGUAGAUGAAA